AGCAGUGGGGGCUGGGGCGGCCUGAGCGGUGCACGAAGCAGCUCGAAAAUCUGAGCAACGCAAAGCAUUGCGUUAUAAUGCGUGAUUUUGUUGCGAGCAGUUGACGUGUUGCGGUUGGUGUAUAUAGUCAAUAUGAGCUCAUAACCUUGGAGCAAGGCUGUCAGCGACGGACAUCUGGAAGCAUCCUAACAAGGUGAAGUGGAAGCCUAGUGAGUAAAUGGACAGUGAUCGAAGGAGGCAGCGUCAGGCGGGUAGCAGCUCUGACGGCACAGAAGAUUCAGACUUUUCUGCUGAUCUGGAUCAUACAGAUAGCUCUGAGAGUGAUGGACAGCCACGCAGGUCUACCAGAUUAACCAGGUCUUCAUUACGGAAUAGCCAGGGUUCUCAAGAUUCCAGUCCGGUACGCCAGAUACCAUCAUAUACCUCAGAUGAACCUGCUUACGCGACAAGAAGGGUGACACGUAGCCAACAGCAGACAACUCCAGUUACACCGAAGAAAUACCCUCUGCGACAGACUCGCUCCUCCGGAUCAGAAACGGAGCAUCCAGUUGAGUUUUCAGACAAAGAUACCAAAACUGCAGUUGACCACGAUGAAUCUCCCCCACGUACACCUACAGGAAAUGCUCCAUCAUCUGAGUCCGAUAUUGAUAUUUCAAGUCCAAAUGCAUCGCAUGAUGAAAGCAUAGCAAAAGAUGCUUCUAUGAAAGACUCUGGAAGUGACCUUUCACAUAGGCCGAAGCGCCGGCGUUUUCAUGAGAGUUAUAAUUUCAAUAUGAAGUGUCCUACUCCAGGUUGUAAUUCAUUGGGCCAUUUGACUGGAAAACAUGAAAGACACUUCUCCAUAUCUGGCUGUCCAUUGUACCAUAAUCUAUCUGCAGAUGAAUGUAAGGUUAGAGCUCAGCAGCGUGAAAGGCAGAUUGAUGACAGAGCAUUAUCACAAAGACAAGAUGAAAAUAACAGACAUGCAACCAGACAUCAGGCUCCGACAGAAAAGCAAUUGAGAUACAAAGAAAAGGUGGCAGAACUUAGGAAGAAACGAAAUUCAGGAUUAACCAAAGAACAAAAAGAAAAAUAUAUGGAGCACCGGCAGUUACAUGGAAAUACAAGAGAGCCCCUUUUGGACAAUCUUACAUCUGAUUUUGAUUUGGAAUUAUUCCGUAAAGCUCAAGCACGCGCCUCAGAGGAUCUGGAGAAAUUGAGGUUACAAGGGCAAAUUACAGAAGGCAGUAAUAUGAUUAAGACCAUUGUGUUUGGUCGAUAUGAACUGGAUACCUGGUACCAUUCUCCAUAUCCUGAAGAAUAUGCUCGUCUAGGGAGGCUAUACAUGUGUGAGUUCUGUCUUAAGUACAUGAAAAGUCAGACCAUCCUUCGGAGGCAUAUGGCAAAGUGUGUAUGGAAACAUCCUCCAGGGGAUGAAAUCUAUAGAAAAGGAAAUAUAUCAGUGUUUGAAGUGGAUGGAAAGAAAAAUAAGAUCUACUGCCAGAACCUGUGCCUUCUGGCGAAGCUAUUUUUGGACCACAAGACAUUAUAUUAUGAUGUAGAACCUUUCUUGUUUUAUGUGAUGACAGAAGCUGAUAAUACAGGAUGUCAUCUUGUUGGAUAUUUCUCCAAGGAGAAGAACUCGUUCCUCAACUAUAAUGUGUCAUGCAUUUUGACAAUGCCACAGUAUAUGAGACAAGGAUUUGGAAAAAUGCUUAUUGACUUCAGCUAUUUGUUGUCUAAGGUAGAAGAAAAGGUUGGUUCCCCUGAGCGCCCGCUGUCGGACCUGGGACUCAUCAGCUACCGCAGCUAUUGGAAGGAAGUGUUACUACGUUAUUUGCAUAACUUCCAGGGCAAAGAAAUUUCUAUCAAAGAAAUAAGUCAAGAAACAGCCGUCAAUCCUGUGGACAUUGUCAGCACCCUUCAGGCAUUACAGAUGCUGAAGUACUGGAAAGGAAAACAUUUGGUUUUAAAACGGCAGGAUCUAAUAGAUGAAUGGCUGGCCAAAGAAGCAAAGCGAACAAAUGGAAACAAAACCAUAGACUCCAGCUGUUUGAAGUGGACACCACCUAAAGGAACUUAGUUGGAUAUUAGUUCUAUCUCAGCAAAAGGCACCUAACAGCUAGUGAAUGCAAAGCAGAAGUUCCAAUAGCAAAUUUUUAGCCUUACCUCUGCUUAUUCUGCAGAGGGCAUAGUAAAGCGUACUACCCCAGCAAAUAUAGAAUUGUGCUUUUUUUCCUAUUUGUUGUUUGUGGUAGCACUUCCAACAAUGCAGCUUGACACAUGUUAGGAAAGACAAAUGGGCUUGAAUUUUUUAGAUGUACAAUCUGAAAUGUAUCAGAACAAUCAGUUUAAACUUCGGUGUUUUUAAAAUUUUCGCUGAAAUGUUCAGCUUUAAUCAUGAAGGUAAAAGAUUUUUAUGUCAAAGGUGAAUAAAUAAGAGUGGUGCAAUCCCUUUUUGGAUUUUGAGAGAGUGUCUGUGUCACUUCAAGUUUUUAACUAGCAUUUUAAAUAAGUGUUCUUAAUUUGCUGUCUGUUUUAAAAGUUCGAAUUGCUGUUUAAAAAAUGAUGGAUUUCAUGAUUUGGUACAUUUCUGAAUGGUUGGAAAACAACAGGGGAGGUAGAGCACAAUGUUCACUCCUUUCAUCAACCUGAGGAGCUACAUCAACAUGGCUCUCACCUUCAACUGAUGUACUGUAAAUAUCACUCAAAUUUGUAUGGAGGCUACAUGUCAAAUUGUUUUCAGUUAUUUGAAUUGUAAAGUAAAAUAUUGUUUUCAAGGUAGGAAGUGUGCUUCCCAAUUACCCCCAAAAUUUGCAUUGUACCAUAUUACAGUAAAAAGCACAAUUUAAUAACUUUGUGUUCAAAAAUCAAACACACGAAUAAUUCGACUCUUUCAAAGCCCUUGGUAAACUGAUGCAAUACCAGAGUGGUCAUCCUAACAUCCAUGGAAAGGAAUGAAAAAUGGAAAGAUUGGCUAUUGUUUCAAAAAAAUGCAAUUUUUCAAUAUAGACCAUUCUCCUUACUUGUUAAACACAAAUGGUUAGAUUUAAUAAGCACUCCAUCCUUCCCACAGUUCCUUAAUUGAAUAUGUAUAUUAAAAUCUUUAAGUAAUAAAAACAAACCUUAAUCCAAAUGAGGGAAUGCAUGUUAUAUAUGUGAAACUUUAUAAUGGAAAAUUAUUGUUGCAGACAAUACUUUGCUGGUGAAGGUAUUGAAUGGUUCAUGAUUUCGAUAAAACUGGCCCAUUUUACUCUUAAAAGAUAUAAACUUUCAAGUGAAGCUGUAUUUGGUAUUGUAGUACGCACAGUUGUCACGUGGUGUCUUAACACUCUUUAAAAGUUAUAUCACUGGCAGCUAACUUAGCUCUAAACAAAAGCUUGACAUCUUUGUAAAUGGAGCCUUGUUUGGUGUGAAUAGAAGGGAACCUGUUUUGCCCUUUAGAAUUGAACCAGGGUACGCAAUUAGUCAGCUGACAUUGCUGUGCCAACUUAGACUUGAGGAACAUUACUUAAUUUCUUGGUGUACCAAAUGUGAUGUGAUGCCUUCUGUACCUGCUUAUAAAUAAAGCAUGUUGUACAGUG